GGUUGAUCUAAUUAAAGGAAAAAUUAUCAGAACAGUGUGUAUGAACAUUUCAAAGCUAAUCAUUUGAAACUAGGUAAAAACAUAGAUAUUGUGUCGCUGUGUACGAAGAAUGCUGGUACUCUUUUGAUGUAUUGUCUAGGUAGCUUCUGCAUAGCAUCUGCUACACCCAUGGAUAGUUCUACUUUAUACUUGAGUUGCUUGAUAACGGCAGGCUAAGUUUUGUGAUGGAAGUGUGGUGAAUCUAUCCAAAAAGGUAUUGUCAGAAGCAGACAUCAAUCUUCUUUCUAAAGGCCUUAAAUGUUCACCCACUCCCACUGAUAUUAACAAGGCGGAGUUGAAGGAAGAUCUGGAGGCGUUCAAGAGGAGAAUUAGACUGAAAUGGCAUUUCAAGGAUAAUGAGGACAUUAGGGACAAGGACAUUUAACAAAUUUAAAAUUAAAUCUAACUGGCAACCACCUAAAUCGGACCCCCUUCUUGAAAACUAUCUUUUGCUGCUUCUUUAAAUAAUCUUAAAUGUGAUAGGGAUAUAGUUAUAAAGGAAGCGGACAAAGGUUCAGCUGUUGUAGUUUGGGAUCGGGGGGAUUACAUAAGUGCUAGGCUAAUCGACAAUUAUAUGAUAAGCAGGUUUACGAGGAGGUUGAGGUGGACCCCACUGUAGAAUUGGGUAAAACCAUUAAUUCUAAGUUGAAAGAACUAAGGGAGGCGGACCCGGGUAUAGCGGAAGUGACUGGAUAUUUACAGGCUAAAGAUACUUCUAAGUUAGGUAGAUUUUACUUGUUGCCUAAGGGUCUUGAUAAUGUUAAGGGCAGAUCAGUCAUUCAGGCCUGGCCAUGAGCAUUAUAGCAGGCGCGCGGUAAAUUGCUUUCCUUGGUAAAAUAGGUGGGCAAUUUUUAGUCUCUAGAAAAUCGAUAAUAAAAGUAUAUGAAUAAACAAAACAAGAUGGCGAUUCUCUGACAAAAAUAAAACGAUAAUUUCAUAUAAUGGCAAAUCAACAACAUUCAAAAUUUGUUCCAUUGAUGUAGGCUUCAACAGCUGCCUUUGCACUGCCUUUGCACUGCCUUUGCAAAGCGGGUUCAAGAGAAUAAAGCUUUAUGUUUAGCACAAAGUUUGCACCAAAUGAACAUCACCAUCUUCAAUUCCAUUGUUGAUGAAAGUAUAGAUUUUUGUCAAAAUAUUUGAAAUUACAUUAUUCCACAAAAACUUUUGUAAUGUUAAGGUAACAGAACUUCUAUUAUUGUAUGAUCCCUUAAUAACCAAUAACUCUUACAGAGUCAUUCCAUGCCAAAUCAACAAGCAAAAGUGACUUUUGACACCCAUCAUCUCAGAAUUGCUUCAAAUUUUUAUAGUGUUUCGAUGUACUAAAUUUAUGAAGAAAUCCAAAAGUUCAGCUUAAAAUUCCAAUUGGUUGCUGAGAUAUUCAAAUUUAAAAUUCAUCAAUUUUUCUGCCAAAUUUGCCAUAGCGGCCAUUUUGAAUUUCUUGUGUGCCGAACACUUAGGAUUAAUUUCUUUAUGGAUAGUUCAUUGAUUUAUCAAUCCAAAUAUAACUUUGCAUAUACAUUAUAGGGUAAUUGGUUAUCUCAGAAAUAUCAAUGCUAUUCUCUAAAAUAAUUCCCUUAUGCCCCUUGAGGGCCGUAAAGUUUUGCCCCCUAAAAUCAGGAUUUGCUGACUCAGCAUAACGGCUCUUAUUUUGAUUCAAUAUAUUUUUGAAGUUUGAAAAGUUUUAUGCACUCAAAUAUUUUCAGGCAUAUUUGCCAUUAUUUGAAUUUUAACAUAUUAAAAAACUGGGAUGGUACUCUGCUCUGUUUUUCAUUUAUUCAUCACCAACUUUUGUAAAAAAUCUGUUCAUAAUCGAGGCAAUUAUGACUUUGAAUUGUGUAGUAAGGAGUUUGAUGUUUUCUAUUGUGACAUCAAAAUAGGUUCAGAAAAUUUAUUACUGGUAUUAGAAUCUUUAAAAUCCUAAAUGGUCAACAUUAGAACAGCUUCUCAAAUGUGAAAGAUGACUGAAAAUUGUUCAAUAGGGAAAAUAAGUUCCAGUGAUUGCAAUUUGCUUACAUAUAGCAAAAAAGUUGGAUUGAAGGACAUAAGCUUAUUUGAUCUUCAAGAAAGAGAAAUACUGGCAUGGAGGACUGAAAUUGUUAUAACUUUAAUUGAAACAGUGUGCCUACACCAUGAACAGGUUUUUCUUCUGAGAUACUCAUUUCUUCAAAAGAAAUGCUGUGAUUCAUUCAAAGUUCAUGGGAAAAAAGGAAGUAAAAGCUCUUUGCGGGAAAUCACUUUUCAAAUGGCCAAAGUAUUUCAAGACAACCAUAUUCCUGUGGUACCUGGACAAAAGCUUUGUCCGAAAUGCCGUAUUAAAUUUAGUGACCUUCAUGACAAUGAUUUAAGUGGAGAAGUACAGGAUGACACUAGCAGUGAUGAAAUUCAUGAUAAUGAUGAUUCAUUCCAUAAAGAGUAUCUCAGCACAUCACUGGAGGAAAUGGAUGUUAGUCCUGUAAAAUUACAUGAAGUUGCAUCUCAUUCAAGGGAGUCUUAUGGAAAGAGAAAAUUCCAACAAAUAAAGGAAAAACUCAAAGAGAAAGAAGCAAGCCUCCAAGAAACAGUGGCAAGUGUAAUCAGUGUUCCAAGAGAGUCUCUGAUUGUAGAAGAACAAGCACACAACAAUUUGCCUGAACUUUUGCAAAAGGAAAGAGAUUUAGAUGAACUCAUGUUACUUAUGAAAGAAAAAUUACAAGCCUGUAACAAGAAAAAAAAAAUUCAAAUUUUGACAAUGGUACCAUCCUCUUGGUCAGUUGUUAAGACUCAAGAAUUCUUUAAUGUUAGAAAUUACAUGGUGAGAUCAGCAAGAAAGCUUCGAAAAGAAAGGGGUUGUUUGAGUUACCUGAAGGGAAAAGAGGAAGGAAGCUACCUAAAGAAACAGAGGAGCUGGUGGAAAGUUUCUACUGUGAUGACCAAUACAGCCGCAGAGUGUAAUUGCAGCAAAACGAGUUUCCAGUGAUCACGAGUAUGAAAUAAAGUAUGACUUGAUUUUAGGAGCUACAGUAUCAAAGCACAAGGGAAAGACAAUGUUAAAGCUUCUGACUUUCUCGUCAGUUACUACGAUGAUCAUGUGUGGAUUGGUAUAGCAUGCUACAUUGAUGAAGCAAAUGGUGAUAUUGAAGUAAAGUUUAUGCACCCAGCCUUUCCAUCAAAAUCAUUUCAUUGGCCUAGACGAGAAGAUAAGUGCUUUGUACCAGUAACAAACGUUGUAUGUGUUAUUAAGGCCCCUACAACUUCAUCUGGACGCCAAUACUAUUUUACAGAUAAUGAGCAUAUUUUGAUCCAAGCAGAAAUAAAUAAAUAUGAAACAUUGAAACAUUUGUAGCAUUGUAAUAUAUUAUUUUAACUAAUAUCUUGAGCUAAAAUUUAGUAAUUCUGGUUGACAAAUAAUUUUGAUUCAUAUAUGAGCUUAUUAACACUUGUACUUGAAGCUCUCUGUUUGCAAAGCUUGACAAUCUUGACAACUCAUUUGUGGUAAGAUUGUGAAACAGUUUCACUGAAUAAAUUUUCUGAACCUUUUUUAAUGUCACAAUAGAAAACAUCAAACUCCUUAUUACACGAUUCAAAGUCAUAAUUGCCUCGAUUAUGAACAGAUUUUUUACAAAAGUUGGUGAUGAAUAAAUGGAAAACAGAGCAAAGUACCAUCCCAGUUUUUUAAUAUGUUAAAAUUCAAAUAAUGGCAAAUAUGCCUGCAAAAAUUUGAGUGCAUAAAACUUCUCAAACUUCAAAAAUAUAUUGAAUCAAAAUAAGAGCCGUUAUGCUGAGUCAGCAAAUCCUGAUUUUAGGGGGCAAAACUUUACGGCCCUCAAGGGGCAUAAGGGAAUUAUUUUAGAGAAUAGCAUUGAUAUUUCUGAGAUAACCAAUUACCCUAUAAUGUAUGUGCAAAGUUAUAUUUGGAUUGAUAAAUCAAUGAACUAUCCAUAAAGAAAUUAAUCCUAAGUGUUCGGCAGACAAGAAAUUCAAAAUGGCCGCUAUGCCAAAUUUGGCAGAAAAAUUGAUGAAUUUUAAAUUUGAAUAUCUCAGCAACCAAUUGAAAUUUUAAGCUGAACUUUUGGAUUUCUUCAUAAAUUUAGUACAUCAAAACACUAUAAAAAUUUGAAGCAAUUCUGAGAUGAUGGGUGUCAUGGCUUGUUGAAUUGGCAUGGAAUGACUCUACAUUCUUUUUUCCACAAUACUUAAAUACUUAAUAUAUUUUCUAUACAAAUAGGAUGGAGGUAUGUGCUGGGUAAAAUGUCAUUUCUUCAACGGAGGCUUUCAAGUGGGUAUAAGAUUCUAAGCCAAGACUUUAAUUUAGAAAACAAAUAUCUAGAUAUAUAUCUAAUUAUUCCAAAGAAAUGAAAAGUGUCCAGUGCCAAUUCUUGACUCUGGCCUUAAAAGAAACAUCCAAGUCAGAGGUCUCCUGAAAAUCAGACAUGUUCCACCAUGGGAUCGGGGCUACUAUGUUUACAGGGCAUAACUUAUUGGCAAAUAAAAAAGGAUUUUGUUGUCGUCAAAGAAGAGUUUCACCAUGCAAGGAAUCAGGAUGAAUUUUUAGCUAUAAACUUAACUGUCAAAUUGUAAUUUGUUCUUCAAGUUGAAUUUAUUUAGCCUAUUUUGCUCCUUUUGUGUUUUCCAACAAAUAUUUUUCGUUUGCAUUAGAAUUAUACACUUUUAACAAAUAUGCACUUUUCUUUGCUUUAAAGAAAAAUCCUCAAUCUCUUAAAGUAUUUCCUAAAAUCAACUGAGUGUUUACAAUAAAAACAAAGAAUGCAGCCUACGCGUAAAAGUUAAGCUAUCAUCUGAACAGCAAAUUUAUUCGUGCAAUCCCUUCCAACGUUAGGCUAGUUUUCAUUCUUCACGUGCACCUUUUUGAUCCCUGAACAUAAAAGUCAUGUUGGAAUCGACUCGUUAUAGAAUCGUAAUCGAGGCUGUCGCACAACAAAAAUGGCAGCUGGCUAGACACGUAGGAAAAGGGACAUUUGAAAAUCAUUUUAAAAAUAUUUUUUACAAUUCAAGGAUGUUCAGAUCUGUCAAAGGAAAUGACAAAAAGCUACUCGAGAAAAUCGAGGAGCAAGAGCAAAAGAUACUUCGAUACGAAACUCGACUUCGAGAUGUUGUGCAAGCUUACAAAAGUUUGCAGAAUGAAAAAGAAGCUUUAGAAUCAACAGUUAAAGCUUUGUCUUUUAAACCAAGCCAAGAAAGUAAAAAGAAAGGCAAAAGAAAUGAGGAAUCAAGAUAUACAGACCCUUUGAUAGUGAGAGAUUUGACAACCGAUAAAAAUGAUUCAACUGAUACAGAAAGUAUUGCAGAUGAAAGCAGAGAAGAUAUUUCUCAGUCUGAGUGCAAACAUGAUGAUUGUGAAGAAAAUGAGGGUGAUGAAUCAUACCAUCUUCAUGAAAAAAUAUCCACCCUCAGUAAGGCUUUGGCAACAGUUACUCAAGAAAAGUCAAAGAUGGAAGCAGCUUUUCAAACAGACAAGAAGAUGGCUAUUCAAGAACACGAAAAGAGACUUCGAGAAUCUGAAGAGCAAAUUGAGAUUCUCCAAGAAAAAAAUGCUGAACUUAUUGAAAGCAUCCAAGAGCUUAAGACACGUCUAAGAAAGCAACAAUCCGAACUUCAAACGGAACAAGAAAACAAUGCAGUGAUGCUUAAAGAGAUGCAACAGUUGGUAUCUGUGGAACGACUGGAAAAAGAAGAACUAAAGAUUCGUCUGCAGGAGAGAAGAGAAACAGACACAAAAUUCAGUAGUAAAAAGGCAUAUGAGACGAAAAUUCAAGAACUUUCUGAUGAGCUUGCUAAUGUUUCAGUGAAGUUGAAGCAAUUCGAGACUGACACGUCUCAGCCAAGUGGAUUGCUGCUCCAAAUAUCGGAUGAAAUGAUAGCUUUGAAGAAAUACCAUUCAGAUGCCUUAAGAAAGGAGCAAACACGAGCGAAUGAAGCAGAAGAUGCGCUCAAAAGGUUUUCUUUAAUGGAAGAAGAGCGAAUAGCACAGCUUGAAACAAAACUCGCAGAAUUGUCUGAUGUCGUCAGCAGUUAUGAAAAACUGAGGUACCAAGAUCAGCAAGUGAUUCAAAAAUUGAAGGAGAGGCUGUCUCAUAUCGAUUUAACCUCUUCUACCACACAGCAGCGUGUCUCAAGUCCAGAAAUUGAAAAAUUAGAUAGAAACAAUCAGAUUAGCGAUAUGAAGGAACAGAUCUUGAAGUUAAAAGGUUUAUUGAAGCUAGCAUGGAACAGUAAAGAUGUUUGUAACGACAAUAUUGAUACGGAUCCCAUAACAGCUGCAGAGCUAGAUAACAUACUUCACAACGACCCAGCCCAUCGAGCAUGCCAGUUGGAGUACAAGCAACUGAAGGAUGAGUUUGAAAAUUAUAAAAGAGAAAUAAAAAAAUCCAAUGUUUUACACGAAAAUGCAACUUUAGAUAACCAAGAAUUAGAGAUUGCUAAACAAAAUUAUAAGGAAUUGGAAAAGGAACUGAAGAAAUUAAACAUGUUUUUUGAAGACAAAGAAAGGGAUUAUAUUGAUACUGUAUCGAAUCUUCAAUGUGAUUUGACAGAAAUCGGGGAGAAGCACAAAGCUGAAGUUGAUAAAAUUCACGAUGCAUAUAAAUUAGAGAUUACAAACUUAGAAACACAAAUUGUUAAACAGCGAGAAAGAACUUUGCAAUUAUUAGAAGACAGGGACACUGAAAUUCGUCGCUUAAAAGGAUGUGAUUUGGCGAGUCCUGUUGAAAGAAAGCGACUUGAAAUUAGUAACGAUUAUGAAAAAAUGGCAAGUGGGGUCUCAUUAGCAGACCCAGAGAAUGCUGUAAAGCGUUCAGUUGAGACUGAAGUUGCUGUGACACAGCUUCUGACAAGGCAAAAUAGCGCAGGGUCUGAAGGAACAAUGGUAUAUUACUUGCAAAAGAUGACAAAUUUACAAACCGAGAUCGCAAAUCUACGGAAUCAAAACUCGGAGCUUGAGUCUUCUUUACGCGAGGAAGAGCAUAGGGAAGAGCAAUUUGUUGAACAGAUGAAAUCGUUGAAAGAAGAAAUUAGAAGGUUGGAAAGAAACAGAACAAGAGAAACUGCCAACAUGGAAUAUGUGAAAAAUAUUUUCCUUCGCUAUAUUUUAUCCGACUCGCAAUCUGUGAAACUUCAACUAACAACAGCAAUUGCUACUGUAUUACAGUUUAGCCCAAGUGAGCUCAACAGCUUACGGAAAAAACAAAAUGGUUGGUGGCCUAGCAAUUCAUAAUCAAAUAUAAAAGUAAUCCCUGAAUGCUUUUUGUUCUUAAAAGGCAAAUCUGAUGAUGUUGACUUCUAUUUCUUUCCUGGCAUGGAAGGGGAAUCAGGCGAGUAUAGAGUACCGAAGUGUGACGUCAUCAAAAAUCUCUUUUUGGAUUUCUUAAUUUUUACCAAAUUAUCUAAAAGAACUGCAUAAAAUAUAUCUCAAUAGGCAAAUCAAGUAUAUAUGUUCAAAAUCGGGCGAGAUAUGGCCAAUGAAAGAUUUCAAGUUUGCCAACGGAUUACUGUAAUUCUGGCUUGAUUCAUAAAGUUAUGAACCAAGACCAAAUUGGAGAAGUUUGAUGGGGAAAAAGCCUGUGCUUAUGUGGCUAUAGCUCAGCUUAUUUUUCAAAUUUGGAGGUUUUAUAAGAUGCUCUUUUGGGAUACAUCGUCAUAAUUGAACGAUUCUAAAAAUAGAUAUUUAUGACGUCAUCACUUCGGUACUCGAUUUCCAGCUUUCAGGCGCAGUUUGGUUUGGCUCUUUAUUGCUGUUUUCCGAUACCGGCUGCGGAAAGGCUUGACUGUUAACAUUCCUACAAUUUGUAUAUAUGUAAAGUCCUAGGUUAAUUAUAUUUGUGUACUGCAGCUAGUGUAAAAAAUUAGUUAUGUCAAACUACUUCUUUA